AUGCUGUCAUUAGAAGUCAUUAGAAAUAUUAUCAAACAAAUUAAAGAAAACACAUUUUAUGCCAUUUUAUUAGACGAAACUAGUAAUAUUACUGUCAAAGAACAAAUUUCGUUUUGUUUAAGAACAGUGGACAAAGAAUCGUUGGAAAUCGAAGAAUAUUUUAUGGGUUUUUACGAAACGCCUAAAACUGAUUCUGAUACUCUUUUCAAAAUUGUGAAAGAUAUUUUGUGUAGAUUAGAAUUAGAUUUUUAUAAUAUUAGAGGACAAUGUUUUGAUGGUGCUAGCAAUGUUUCUGGAAUUCAUAAAGGAUUACAAGCUAGAAUAAAAGAAAUUGAACCAAGAGCAUUGUUUGUUCACUGUCAAGCUCAUUUUUUAAAUCUUGUUAGCCAAGAUGCGAAAUGUAAAAAAUGCUAG